CGUGCAGGAGAGGAGCAGGCAAGGCAAAGACCCAAGUUCCAGGAUUUGGUUCUGGGGUCUCAGCCCCUAAGGCAGUGUCAGGGGGGUGAUCUGCCUCCCAGCAGUUUUAUUUCCUCUUCUCACAUCUGUGGCGGCCUCCUGCCCCUGCCCUGUGACUCCUCCUCGUUCUCACUCCCACUGCCUGGAGGUUUUCUAGAGAAGCAGAGCAGCAUCACCAGCGCCCCAGUUAUAAAGUCUGCACCCACCUCAGAUGCGCCCCUGACCCCUAAGACUAGGAUCAUGAAGCCCCCGCCCCUCCUGCUGCUGCUCUUGGCGAUCCUGGCGCUGACAGAGACCUGGGCGGGUUCCCACUCCCUGAGGUUUUUCUUCACCACGAUGUCCUGGCCCGGCCCCGGGGAGCCCCGCAUGAUCUCGGUGGGCUCCGUGGACGACACGCAGUUCGUGCGGUUCGACAGCGACUCCCCGGGCCAGAGGAUGGAGCCGCUGGCGCCCUGGGCAGAGCAGGAGGGGCCGGAGUACUGGGAGGGGGAGACGCAGAUUUCCAGGAACAACACCGCGUGGUACCGAAGCAGCCUGAACAACCUGCGCGGCUACUACAACCAGAGCGAGGCCGGCUCUCACACCCUCCAGGAGAUGUACGGCUGCGACGUGGGGCCCGACGGGCGACUCCUCCGCGGGCACGAGCAGUAUGCUUAUGAUGGCGCCGAUUACCUGGCCCUCAACAAGGACCUGCGCUCCUGGACCGCUAUGGACACUGCAGCUCAGAUCUCCCGGCGCAAAUUGGAGGCGGCCGGAGAGGCGGAGCGCGUCAGGAACUACCUGGAGGGCAGGUGCGUGGAGUGGCUGAGCAGGUACCUGGAGCACGGGAAGGAGACGCUGCAGCGCUCAGUCAGAAGCAAAAGUCUGUGUUCUCCUCCUAAGAGACCUGCAUCCUCCUACCCUGGGCUCUCACCUGAUUAUCCCAGAGUCUCCAGACCAGAUCCCCCAAAGACAUACGUGACCCACCACCCCACCUCUGACCAGGUGGUCACCCUGAAGUGCUGGGCCCUGGGCUUCUACCCUGCGGACAUCACCCUGACCUGGCAGCAAGAUGGGGAGGACCUGACCCCAGAGACAGAGCUGGUGGAUACCAGGCCUGGGGGUGACGGAACCUUCCAGAAGUGGGCAGCUGUGGUGGUGCCUUCUGGAGAGGAGCAGAGUUACACAUGCCAUGUGCAGCAUGAGGGGCUGCUGGAACCCCAAGUCCUGAGUUGGGUGCCCCCUACUCAGUCCACUGCCUCUACCAUGUUCAUCAUUGGUGGCCUGUUUCUCCUUGGAGCUAAACUCGCUGGAUUUACAGUGGCUGUAGCUGUGAUGUGGAAGAAGCAGCAUUCAGGUGGACAAGGAGGAAGUUACACUCAGGCAGCAGUAUGAGACAGCUGCCUUGUUGGGACUGAGUGCUGCAGGAUUUCUUCUCAUCUCCACUACAUGACUUCAGUUUCCCCUAGUUUUCACUGCUGGAAAGGGCAUCUGAAUUUUCUGUUUCUAUUAGCAUAAUGUGAGGAGGUGGGGAGACUGGCCCAGUCCUGCCCACCAGGCCCCUCCCCACACUGACCUGUUCUCUCCCGGAUGACUUUCCUGCUCCAGCAGAGGCGAGACUGACUCCAUCCCUGCCAGUGCUUUGUGUUUUCCUGAGAAAUAAUAUUUACUUCCCUACUGAAAAAAGUAAUAAUCCGGAUAUGAAAUUGUUUUUCUUGCCUUGUCAUGUGGGAGUGAUGGGUUAUUUAGGAAAAUGCCUAAAAACUGAGAAUAAAGAGGGAUCAUGAGGACCAACCAGAACUAUGGGUUUGCUGUGCUGAGUCUGUGCAGGUGGGGGCAGGAGAGGCUGUGAGGAGCCAAGGGGGAUGGGGCUUGUGUCCACUCGGUGCUCAGUGCGUCAUGGGCUUUGACGUGGUCACUCCUCAGGGGUCAUCUCUCUGCUCCUUUGUCCUUGUCCCUCAGUAGCACCUGUCCCAGCAGGGCCUGUGAUCACAGGGACUCAGACCCCACCUGGCCCUGUCCUGUCUCUGGGACUCUGGGAAGUGAGGGCUUUGUGUGGCCGGGUCAGCUAGACUUCAGUAAGAUUUGGCCUUCAGCCCCUCUUUUGGGUAUUCGUGAUUUUUUCCUUAGAUUCCAUAACAAAACAUAGUAACCAGAAGCAAAGGAUCAUUGUUUUUCGAAGAGAGGUAUAUUUACACUUGUGAGCAUGGUGUGCAAGGGGGUAAGUGUAGUAGGGAGAGAUGGAGGAUGGGGUUGGGGGGGUGAGCAGCAUCUGGGAGAAAGGGGGAGGUGACACCAAUGUUGAAUCACAACGUCCAUGUGAGUGGAUAUUGGACUGUAACUGCCACACGAUAUCAUGUGGCCAGAGGCUACAUUAAUAAAGAUACUAUCUCUGAAACAGGGGGAGGUCUUUAGUGGUCAUUCUUUCAAUGGAAAUUGGUUGUGAUAGAGAUGUAACUUACUUUGAAGC